AUGCCUCGUUCAAGUCGAUCUUCUGGUGCGUCGCGAUCCGCACCCGCGGGUUCGCGUGGUGCACACACAAUGGCCGCGCCUCACCAGCAACAGCAGCAGCACUACCAGCAGCCUCCUCAGGCGUACGCACAGCAGCCACCCAUGGCGGCACAGCAGCAGUCUCGAGGUCCCGGUUUGUUCGGUCAGAUGGCUUCCACCGCUGCUGGUGUCGCUGUUGGAUCUACCGUCGGCCACGGUUUGUCUAACAUGCUCUUCGGUGGCAGCAGCUCUGCACCCGCCGAACAGGCUCAGCAGCCGCCUCAAGCGUACAACCAGGGUGCCUACCCCGGACAGCAGCAGACGGUGGGCGCUAGCUGCGAGCAGCAAAGCAAGGAUUUCAUCAAGUGUCUUGAAAGCACAAACGACAUGAACUCUUGCUCGUACUACCUCGAGCAGCUCAAAGCUUGCCAGGCUGCCGCUCGUCCUUACUAA